AUGGACAUGCGCUCACAAUGUGGGCAUGAGACAUCCACGAACGCCGUCUCAGCAUGCUUACGGCCCAGACAGGGUUUUUCUCAGUUCAAACGAAGGCAGGAAGAGAAGGCUCUGCAAUGUAAUUUGGCAACAGGAAGAACCAUCACACAGUCAUCAACCAUUGGCACCUGGCUUGGUCAACAAGCCAUUGAUUUCAAUCCAGGUUUCAAAAAACCAUCUUCAUCGUGUUCCUCAACCGAUAAUCAGACUAACCCAUGGUGGAGAGUGGAUCUGAGUUCUGUGUACAGAGUAAGUAGAGUUGUCAUCACAAACAGACUAGACUGCUGUCCAGAAAAAAUAGAUGGAGCAGAGAUUCGCAUCGGAAACUCUUUGGAGAACAACGGCAACAACAAUCCCAUAUGUGCUGUAAUUUCCAGUAUUCCAGCUGGUGUUUCCUCCACCUACACAUGUAACAAUAUGGAUGGUCGAUAUGUGAGUCUGUUCAUUCCUGGAGAUUCAAGGAUUCUUACUCUGUGUGAGGUGGAGGUCUAUGGAGAAGGUCCUGUACUGAAGAAAACCUUCGUGAAGAUGAAACUGAAGUCCAGCUCGAGUCUGUCUGAAAUUGAAAUGAGAGUCCAGCUCCUGUCACAGCUUCAGUCUGCUUUGGUGGAACGAGGGUUUUCUGACGUGACGCUGCAGUGGUCUCAACCACCCAAAAAGGAAGCGAUGCAGAAGGUAGCUUCACCAGGUGAGUUUGUUCAUGCAAACACUGGAAAACCUGAAAUGAAUGUUGAUUUUGAACUCAAUGUGCUGUAA